AUGGGCUCUGAGUCAGCCAUGAUGGACAUGGAACGUAUACUGUCUUUCGCCUUCUCCCUUCCCCCUCUGGCAAAGGCAAAGGAUGGUGUUGUGACCACAAAGACCCACACGUGUGUGUGUGUGUGUAUGUCUGGGAGACCCGUCGUCAUUAGACGAGUCGAGAAAGAGGUGGCUAGGAAUUGGGUGACGAGUGAGGCACCCCUGGACAUUCCCUUGCCGUCCUCUGGUGACGACGUCCCCAGGUUCUCCGCAGGAUACGAGGAUUUGAGGAGAAAAUACCCUUUAACCUGGAACCAUAACGACCAAAGCCGCCACGAACAACUACACUACAUCACGGAGAAGGAAGGUCAGCUGGUGUUCCUCUUGCGAGAAAUUUGGCAGAAGAGGGAAGAAAAACUGACUAGUGAGAAAGAAACGGGAAACCAUGUGACUCCCACUUAUUAA